AUGAUCGUUAGUGCUCUACUAGUCGUGGGCCUUUUCUACCACAAUCCGCUGACCGCAGUGCCGGUGGUGUUUGUGUUGGGACUUUUGUACUGGACGGUGAAAUACAACUACCGCUUUUGGGAAAUCGAUGGAGUCCCACAUCCGAAACCAUCGAUGCUCACAGGUAAUUUGGCGCCAGUACUCCUGAUGAAAAAACACAUCUGUCAGCUGGCUAGCGACUGGUACAAUGCAUACCCAAAUGCAAUGUUCGUAGGUUAUUUUAAACAAUUCACACCCGCAAUAAUGGUCCGAGAUCCGGAACUGGUGAAAAACAUUCUUACCCGCGAUUUUGAGUGUUUUGCUUCGAACGACUUUGUGGUGGAUACCGCACAAGAUCCGCUGCUCGCUCACGAUGCGUUCUUUGCAACCGGCUCACAGUGGAAACGGGCACGGACGCUGCUUACGCCGUCGUUUACGGGGGCGAAAAUCAAACAACUAUUCCCAAUCAUGAACUCGGUGGCGGACGCGUUCGAGGCAUACGUUGGACAGCACGUGGCCAAAGAACUGGAGGCCAAGGAGCUAGCCGCACGCUUCACUACCCAAAACGUGGUGGCAUGUACAUUCGGCAUCGAUGGCGAAUGUUUUGCUGAGUCAGAGAGCGAAUUCCGGCGCAUGGGGAAAAGAGUGUUUGAGACGUCACUGCUGGCGACUAUCAGACUGAUUCUGAGUCUGUUCCUGCCAGCGAUAGCGCAACUAAUACCCGUCCCAUUUCUUCUAAAGGAUGUGGAUCAAUGGAUAAGAUCGCUGGUGGCUACUCAGGUGCAGACACGAUCUAAAUUGGAGAGUGAAGGCGCAUCAAAUAAUGACUUGCUACAAUCACUCAUCAACAACAGGGAGAAACAUAACAUCUCUCAAACGGAGUUAACUGGACACGCAUUAGCAAUAUUUCUCGAAGGAUUCGAAACGUCAAGCGCGGUAAUUGGUUGUGCGCUCUACCAGCUGGCAAUAAAUCCCGAGGUGCAAGAAAAGCUAUUUCAUGACAUUAAAAAGCAACUGGACGCCAACGAUGGCAAGCUGGACUUUGAUGUGCUGCAGAACAUUGAAUAUUUAGAAUGGACGAUGCUGGAAACACUUCGUAUGUAUCCGCCGGCUGCCACCAUGCACAAACUGUCGACAAAAAAGUACAUCAUGCGAAGAGGACAUCGUGACAGUCAAGGGCACGAUAUGGGUGUCUACGUUCGGGUGGGAACACCGAUAUUGAUACCUAUUCUUGCAAUUCACAUGGAUCCAAAAUAUCAUCCUGAACCGCAAAAGUUCGAUCCUGAACGAUUCAGCCCCGACCGGAAGGUAGAACACCGGGGUACGGUCUAUUUACCCUUUGGAGAAGGUCCUCGAAUGUGUCUGGGUAUGAGAUUCGCGCAGGCACAGGUGAAGCUGGCCCUAAUGAAGCUGAUCCUAAGCUAUCGCGUAAGAACUGGUCCAAAUCAUAAGCCGUUCACUGUCGAUCCGCGAUCCAUCAUCUACCAGUCGAAGGAUGGUUUACGACUGGUGUUUGAAAAACGAUAA